CAGCUAAGAGAAAUGGAGUUGCUUCCAGUUCGUCGGGCAGUGCUGGAAGCGAAUAGCAUCUUGUCUUCUUCCAAGGAUGGCAUCCAGAUCUAUGAGACUUUGCAGAUAAUUAAGAGGUACCUGGGCGGAACAGAAAGUCCACCGUCUCUGAAAGAGAAGGAAGAAUUUAUCCACAGCCAUUUCACUACCUUUCUGCAAUGUCUUAUCAGUAACCUGAGUCCUGGUUGGCUGGAGCUUUUCCCGUCAGACAAGGAGAAGGAACUGUGGGAUAGCUUUUUCCUGGAAGGACCAGCCGAUCAAUCCUUUAUGGUCUUAUUGGACUCUAUAAUUUCUACAGGGCCCAGCUUUCGUCUGAAUAAAGUCAUCGAGGUCCUGGAGCGAUUCCUCCAGAGAGGCGGGCUGUCGUCCUUGAUGUGGGAGGUGUGCCGGCACCAGUCUCGAGCUGGCUCCCUGGUGCUGCAGGAGGCGCUUCUCAGCAAGGUUGUGUGUCUGCCGGACCAUCUUGCCAACAAGCUCCAGGGGGAAAACCGUCCGGCCUUCUUCCCCCAGAACUACUUCCCAUUGCUGGGUGUGGAAAUCAUCCAGGUGCUUGAGAGGAUCUCAGAAUCGCUGCGAGGUGGUUUGGAUUGCUCCAUCUCCUUCAUCUCUCAGGUGCUGGGGAAGGUUUGUGUGCAUGGAAAGCAGAAAGAAAUCAUGAGCGUCUUGGUGCCCCACCUGACGGAUCGCACCCAGUCUGACUGCAUCUGGCAGCGGAUGUGCUGGCGGCUGGUGGAGAGCGUGCCGGAUCGCUGGAUGGAAGCUGCGAUCUGUGGCCUCGUGCAGGCGGUGCCAGGGCCUGCCGUGUUGUCCCGACUGCUGGGGAAUCUGGUUGUCAAGAGCAAGAAGGCUCAGUUUGUGAUGACCCAGAAGCUGCUGCUGCUUCAGUACAGCCAUCCGACAACAGUAUUGCAGAGCCUCCUUGGGUACCUCGCCCUGGACAGCACACGGCGUCAUUUACUGAUCAAGGCUUUAGGCGAGCUGCUGAGGACCUGGGGGAGCAGCAGCGCCGUGAAGCACUCCUCCGUGGAGCAGCAACUGUACAUCAGCAAAGCCAUCCUGAUCUGCCUUUCGUAUGUGAAAGAUGUAGAAAUAGAAAGCCACAAGCAAGAGCUGCUUGCAAGCAUGAUGGAGGGGAUGAAGUGCCACCUGGACAGCAACUUGCCACGGGUCCGCCACCUGGGGAUGGUGGUAGCAGAGAGCAUCAGCGCCAGGAUAACGCCAGAAGGGCCUGCCCUGAAAUUUCAGUAUGAAGAAGACGAGGAGAUCCGGGAACUCAAGUCCUUGCUGACUCAGAGACCAGAACAGGUCCUUGUCCAUGAUCCGCCAGGCACGGUGAACAAGAGACCACCUGUGACACCAGGCGCUGUCCUGAAACCCAGCGCGAAGCCAUCCGUGGGUGCUUUAGAAGAGCCGGGCAAGGGGGUUGACUCUGACCUGGACAGUGACGACGACCUUGUUCCCUACGACAUGUCUGAAGACAAAGAGCUGAGGAAGGCCAAGGCUCCUGCUUACAUCCGAGACUGCAUUGAAAUCCUGACAGGGCCUGAAGAUGGAGACAGGUGCGAAGCCGCCAUGGGCAUCCUGGAGACCCUGAUCCGAAGAAACGCAGCCACUGCGCGAGAGGUCAGUGUGGAACUAGCUAAAGUUCUUCUGCACCUGGAAGAGAAGAGUUACAUCGAAGGCUUUGUGGGGCUCCGGCAGAGGGCUCUGGUGGCUCUCGCCGUCACUGAUCCUGUCCCGGUCUCUCACUUCUUGACUUCGGAGUUUUACUCCCUGAACUACAGCCUCCGCCAGCGCAUGGACACGUUGGACGUGCUGGCCACAGCUGCUCAGGAACUCUCGCGGCCUGUCACCUCUAAACCCCUAAGUCUCAAAGAGCCCGGCAUCCAGAUCCUUUCUGGAGACAAUCCAGACCCUUCAAACUGGCGACAAGUUGUGGAAGAAAGGAUCAAAAGCAAGACCCGACGGUUUGCAAAGGGCCCGUCUCGAGCAGAGCUGCCGAGCACCCCCAACAAGUUUGGCCCAGUUGCCGGUCAUUUCUUCUUCCCGCUUCUUCAGAACUUCGACAGAUCUUUGACCACCUUCGACCUUCUCGGCGACGAUCACAUGGUGCUCGGCCGGCUGGCACACACCUUGGCCAUCUUGAUGUACUUUGCCGUCAACACUGCGGUAGCAGCUGUGAUGGGAAAGGCCUUGCUUGAAUUCGUUUGGACCCUCCGCUUUCACACGGAUGCCUACGUGCGCCAGGGUCUCCUGUCCUCGGUCUCUUCCACGCUUCUCAGCGUCCCUGCUGAACGCCUUCUGGAAGACAUGGCAGAGGAACUGCUGGAGACUCAGGCCUGGCUGGCAGAUGUGGCCGAGAGGGAUCCAGAUGGUGACUGCCGGAGUCUGGCACUGCAGAAUCUGCUCCUGAUGGAAAAUCUGAAAAAGAAACUGGAAAUGGCUCCUUUGGAGUGAAGGCGGCCUGACCACAGAGGUGUUUUCCCACUCGGGGAUGGGCUUGUGCAGUUUCCCUCUGGCCACUGCAUCUGCCAGUUCAGCAUGGGGACUUCCCGCAAGGCGUUUGCCUGCAUUUUCCCUGCCCCAGAGCCCCCCGCAGUGGCCAUUCUCCCCCUUUUGGCAUUGACAGAGGAUAAGAACAGUAUAAAGACCCACCUGCUAGUUCCUCUGAAUUUCAGCUUUGAUUUUUUAAAAAAGUGUCUGUCCCCUUGUUGCAAAAGGGUAGGGGGGAAAGGCAUAUUUCUGCAAUGAACAAGGCUUGCUCGUUUAAGGGAAAACUGGCAAUUCGGAUGAUCUGAUAAACUAUUAUAAUGCUGUAAUGCUA